GGAGCAAAGUGCAAAGUUAUUUUUCCUGGACCCUGGAACAGUCAGCAGGGAGUAGAUGGACAGCUGGGACUGACCAUCUCUGUAGUCCUCCCAACCAUGAAGCUGUUAUGGAUACUGCUUUGGGUUUCAAGCCUUUUCACCUUGACUGUACAGGAAGCCAGGCUGCUGAUCUUUUCACCCUCUGUGGUUCGCCUGGGUGUGCCACUUUCAGUGGGACUGCAACUCCAGGGAGUCCCAAAGGGGCAGAAAGUCAAGGGUAUUAUCUUCCUGAGAAAUCCAUCAGGGCCCCCGGUGCAUUGCUCAGAGGAUGUGCCCUUUACCCUGGACUCUGACCAUGACUUUGAGCUACUUAGUCUCCCGGUCCCAUUGAUUCAUGUACAGCGUUGUGGUCUCAAUAAGCUUCACAAGACACGUCUUGUACAACUUAUGGCUAAGACAUCAUGGCUGAAAACGACUCUGUCUCGACAAACAGACACUCAGGGUGUCAACCUGUUGUUUUCCUCACGUCGGGGUCAUCUUUUUCUACAGACAGACCAGCCCAUUUACAACCCUGGCCAGCGUGUGCGAUUCCGAGUCUUUGCUCUGAAUCAGAAUAUGAGACCAUCCACAGAUACCCUGACUAUUACUGUUCAAAACUCUCAUGGACUUCAAGUACGGAAGAGUAAGAUAUUUCCUAGAAGAUCCAUUUUCCAAGAUGAUUUUAUGAUACCUGACAUCUCAGAGUCUGGAACCUGGAGGAUCUCAGCUCAAUUCUCUGAUAGCUUAGAGUCCAACAGCAGUACAGAGUUUCAGGUGAAAAAAUAUGUUCUCCCCAACUUUGAGGUGAAAAUCAUACCUGAAGAGCCCUAUGUGUUGGUAGCUCCUGGUGUUGAUAUGCAGAUCCAUCUGAAAGUACAGGCCAAGUAUGUUUAUGGAAAGUCAGUUCAGGGAGUGGCUUAUAUUCGAUUUGGAGUCUUAGGUGAACAUGGUGAAAAGAAAUUUCUUCGAGGACUAGAGAAACAGUCCAAGUUGUCAGAUGGCCUCUGUAGCAUUACCCUCUCAGGAGCAGAGAUCCAGAAGGCAUUGAACAUCACUACAAUGGAUGGUCUUCAAGGGUUUCAUCUCUAUGUGGCAGCUGCUGUCAUUGAAUCCCCUGGAGGAGAGCUAGAAGAAGCUGAACUUACCUCCUUGCGCUUUGUCUCAUCUCCAUUUUCGGUGGAUCUCAGUAGCACCCAGAAAUAUUUCAUACCAGGAACCCCUUUCCUGCUACAGGGCUUGGUUCAGGAUGUCUCGAACUCUCCAGCCCCUGGUAUCCCCAUCAAAGUUUCCAUCAAAUUUAUCACCUCAGGUGUUAAUUCUAAUAUCCAGGUUCUUAACCUUAACACAGAUGAAAGGGGUCAACUCAGCAUCCCCAUCAAUAUUCCCCAGGCUACUCAAAAGUUGGAGCUCAUGGUAUCUGCGGGAUCCCCCUUCCCAGCAGAAGCCACCAUUAUUGCCCAGGCUCCACCUUCUGGAAGCUCUGGUCUCUUGUCCAUGGAGCGGCUGGAUUCUAGGCCUCCUCGUGUAGGACAGACAUUCACUCUAAAUCUUCAUGCGGUGGGAAUUGAUGGUGCUGCUUUCUCCCAUUACUACUACAUGGUCUUGUCACGUGGAGAGAUCAUAUCUGUGCAUCGAGUGGCAAAAGGGGCUGUGACCUCUAUCUCUGUUCCUGUAACCCCCCAACUUGUACCUUCUUUCCGCCUCAUCGCCUUCUAUCACCACAAUGGUCUGCUAGUCGCCAACUCCUUGAAAGUAGAUGUCCAAGUGGGAGAUUGUGAGGGGAAGCUGGAAAUGAAAGUGGAGAGGGGAGAUCUUCGACCUGGGGACCAGCUGAGGCUAAAUUUAUACACAGAUUCCUCAGCCAUUGUAGCUCUGGGAGCUGUGGAUACUGCAGUGUAUGCCGCAGGUGGCCGGAAACACAGCCCUCUCCAUAUGAAUAAGGUCUUCACUGCCAUGAACAGCUAUGAUCUGGGUUGUGGUCCUGGGGGUGGGAUCGAUGCUCUCCAGGUUUUUGAGUCUGCUGGUUUGAUGUUUUCAGAUGGAUACAAGUGGACCUCACCCAGGGAAAACCUGAGAUGCAAAGAAAAUAAAAGCCGAAAAAGAAGAAAUGUGGAUUUCCAGAAGGCAAUUCUUCAGAAGAUGAAUCAAUAUGUUGGUCAAGUCAAGCACUGCUGCAAAGAUGGGAUGACACCAUUGCCGAUGCGUCGAUCCUGCAAAGAACGAAUGGCCAGAGUACCAGAACCCACCUGCCGUGAGGCCUUCCUGUCCUGCUGCCAAUUUGCUGAAGAGCUUCGUAAAAAGACCCGCAUUAGAGGCAGCAUGGGGCUUGCCCGAGCCCAGGAUAUGUGGAACGAGGAAGAAGAACUGCUCGUUGAAGAUGAUAUCCUCGUCCGGAGUUAUUUCCCUGAGAACUGGCUCUGGACCCUGUUGCCAGUAGACAAAACUGAAAAGUUUUCUGACUUUGUCCCUGAUUCCCUGACCACAUGGGAAAUCCAUGCUGUGAGCCUUUCCCAGACAAAAGGUAUUUGUGUGGCUCAACCUGUUCAGGUUAAAGUUUUCCAAGAAUUCCACUUACAUCUUCGCCUUCCUUACUCUGCACGAAGAUUUGAGCAGUUAGAGCUUCGACCCGUCAUCUAUAACUACCUGAACAAGAAUCUGUCUGUGGAUGUCCAGGUGUCUCCUGUGGAAGGGCUGUGUCUGGCUGGUGGUGGUGGCAGAAAGCUAAAGUUGGAAGUGCCUGCUGUCUCAGCAUGGCCUGUCUCCUUUCCUGUCGUGCCCAUGGUUGCUGCUGAUGUGCCCCUGAAGGUCGUGGCCCAGGGACCUUUUGGAAUUGGAGAUGCUGUGGCUAAAGUUCUACACAUUGAGAGAGAAGGAGCAGUUCAGAUAAAGGAGUAUGCCUACAAGCUGAAUCCUUUAGAUUCCCGUGGCCGGACCUUUGAUAUUCCUGGGGAGAACCCAUCCAAUAUUAUCCCUGAUGGAGACUUCAGUAGUAUUGUUCGUGUUACAGCCUCUGAACCCAUGGAGACCCUGGGCUCUGGGGGGGCCCUGUCCCCAGGAGGGCUAGGAUCUUUGCUGAGGGUGCCUCGGGGCUGUGCAGAACAAACCAUGGUCUACCUGUCCCCCACACUUGCUGCUUCCCGUUAUCUGGACAAGACCGAGCAGUGGGGGAAGCUUCCUCCUGAGAUGAAAGACCGUGCAUCAGAUCUCAUCCAGAAAGGCUAUGCUCGUAUCUUGCAAUUCAGAAAAAGAGAUGGUUCCUAUGGAGCUUGGUUACACCGGGAUAGCAGCACUUGGCUCACAGCUUUUGUCCUUAAAGUGCUCAGCAUAGCCCAGGAGCAAGUGGAUGGCUCUCUGGAAGGGCUGAGGGAGACAGUCCGGUGGCUUCUGACAAAGCAGCUUGGAGAUGGUUCUUUCCAGGACCCUUGUCCAGUGAUCCAUAGAGAUAUGCAGGGUGGCCUAGUGGGACCUGACGAGUCUGUGGCCCUAACUGCCUUUGUAGUUGUGGCCCUCCAGCAUAGCUUGAUUGCCUUCCAUACUUCUGAGGAUGAUCCUGACAAGGAGAGAGUGGAAGAGAUGCUGCAGGAAGUGAAAGCCUCUAUUUCACGUGCUGACUCAUUCCUGGUGGCAAAAGCAAGUGCUGGGCUCCUGGGAUCUCAUGCAGCUGCCAUUACAGCCUAUGCCCUGACCCUGACUAAGGCCCCCGAAACUGAUCGGAAUCUGGCCCAUAACAAUAUUAUGACUAUGGCACAAGGAAAAGGAGAUGAUUUAUACUGGGGUCCAGUUGCUGGGUCUCAAAAUAAUGCUAUCUUACCAACUCCAAGUGCCAGUGGUGGCCCCUCACAGCCCACUCCCCUGGCUCCGGCCCUGUGGGUAGAAACAACAGCCUAUGUAUUGCUCCAUCUCCUUUUGCGAGAGGGGAAGGCUGAGUUGGCUGAUCAGGCUGCAAGCUGGCUAACUCACCAGGCGAGCUUCCAAGGGGGAUUCCGCAGUACCCAGGACACAGUAGUUGCUCUGGAUGCCCUAUCUGAGUACUGGAUUGCCAGCCAUACGACCACAAAGAGCACAUUAAAUGUGACUCUGAGCAGUGAGAAUCGCCAAGGAACUAAAGCCCACAUCAUUAAAUUAAACAACGAUCAAACAUCAGGGAUACAAGAGGAUCUACAGUUCCCCUUGGGCAGCAAGAUCACUGUCAAGGUGGAAGGAAGCGGCAAAGGGACCUUAAAGAUUCUACAUAAAUUCAACAUUCUGGAGGAGAAAAAUACAACUUGUAAGGACUUCAGGCUGGAAGUGAUAGUCACAGGCUCUGUCCAAUAUUCAGAGGAAUCUGAUGAUGACUAUGAAUACUAUGAGGAAGAGCCCCAACUUAGGGAUGACCCAAGUCCCUUGGUGUCUCCUGUGACACCCCUGCAUCUAUUUGAGGGUCGUCGGAACCGCAGAAAGAGGGAAGCACCCAAGGCAGGAGAUGAGAAGGAGCAGAAGGUGCAUUAUGAAGUAUGCAUCUGGCGAAGUGAUGGAGUCAGAUUCCCUGGAAUGGCUAUCGUAGACAUCACCCUGCUGAGUGGAUUCCAUGCUCUACAGAGUGAUCUAGAAAAGUUGACCUCACUCUCAGAUCGUUACGUGAGUCACUUUGAGACCCAAGGACCCCAUGUCCUGCUGUACUUCGAUUCGGUUUCAGCAUCCCGGGAUUGUGUGGGCUUUGAGGCUGUGCAGGAGGUGCCUGUGGGGUUGGUGCAACCAGCAAGUGCUGUUCUUUAUGACUACUAUGAACCUGACCAGAAAUGUGUUGUGUUCUAUGGGGCCCCACGUAAGAGUAAACUCCUAUCCACACUGUGUUCUGGGGAUGUUUGCCAGUGUGCAGAAGGAAAAUGUCCUAAAAAAUACAGAAUCACAGAAGUGGAAAAAAUGGAGGAAGAAGUCAGGAUGAACUAUGCUUGCUAUGAUCCACGUGUACAUUAUGGUUUCCAGGUCGAAGUUCUCCGGGCAGAGGACAAAGCUGCCUUCCGACUCUUUGAAACUAGGAUUACCCGUGUUCUGCACUAUACUCAAGAUGUUAAAGUUGGUAUUGGCCAGACUCGAAACUUCCUGGUCCGAGUUUCCUGUCGCUUGCAGCUCGAACCUGGAAAGGAAUAUUUGAUCAUGGGACUUGAUGGAGUCACCUUCGACAUUAAGGAACAGCCCCAGUAUUUGCUGGACUCCAUGACUUGGAUUGAGGAGAUACCUUCUGAAAAGAACUGCCAAGCCUUAAGAUAUCGGUCUGCUUGUGCCAACCUCAGUGAAUUCCUCCAGAAAUAUGAAACACAGGGUUGUCAAGUUUAGGGGAUGAUAUUCUCUCCCUCCUCUCCCCCACCUCCAUAGAAUUUCCUGUCGUUCACACCUGCUGUGUGCUUUCUCAUCCCUUCUUUAUGAAUGGAAGAGAAGCCUAAUUCCAUCAGGAUUUACUCUUGACUUCUACUUUCCUUCUAUUCUCAUCUCUCAAACUAGAAACCAACUUAAUAAAAAUUGUUUGAUGACUAAGUCAG